AUGUGUCGUCUAGACCCUCCAGCUCUCUGGCCACCACGAAUGAAGGAAUACGGUACUCGUUCAUUUCUUAUUAAUUCUCGCUCAUCACUUGACGCGUCCGCCCCAUCGCUCUUCUCUCUGAUGAGCAAGGGACAAGCGAACGCCAGCAAAAUCGUCGUACUGUUAGGGAAGGAAGACCAGCUCUCACUUAUUUCUCUAGGUAUGACACGACAUGAUAAGAAGUACUGGAAGCGAUAG